UGAUAUGAGCCAUGGUAGGAAAUUAGUUCAUGUAUCAGUUAGAUGUCAUUAUGACAGCAAGUAACAGAAAACUCAUCAUAGCUUAAAUAAAUAUGGGUACUCGUUCUCACAUAGCAAGGAGACUAGAGGCAUGGCUUCUAUGUUCCAUGCUGCAGCUCCAUCAUUACAUCAGGUGCUUUUUCUCCUGUUCCACCAUUUUUAACGUUACAGGAUGCCUUUUACACUUGCUGUCUUUCUAGAUGAUGACUUGGUCCAGGUAGGAAGAAGGCAGAAGGAAAGCGUUCUCAUUCUCAUAUCUUCACAUUUUUCUAGCAGACUUCCCCUCACAUCUCAUCAGCCAGAACCAAGUCAUACGUUGCUUUAAGAGUUAAAUGAGGGUCUGUCACGGACGACUUAGACCACUGAUGGUUAGCCCCUCCUGGGAUUGAAAUAGGGUUUUACCGUUCCAGAGAUCAAUAGCUUCUGCCUUCUACUUGAACAAAUCGUGCUUUAGUUAGCAGGGAAAAGGGGACCAUUGAGCAGUUAACGGACAAUGUGUGUUGCAAUAAAUAUUACCUGAAUAGAACCGGAUUUGUUAACAUGAACUAUUCAAGUCCCACGCUAGCCCCAAUUGUGUCUCUGCGUAUUUAUUUGUAUUUGUUCAGCAAAAUUAAAUGGGAGCAAUUUCUGUUUCUUUGAGGAUAAUUACGAACGCACAAAUUCCUGUAUAUUUUCAGUUACAGUGGGAAGAAAAAUAUGCAGUGUUGAAAAGAUGCAUUGUUUCUGUCAACUUAAGGUAGGUCUUGCUCUUAUCACUGCAGAGAAAAUUCAUAUGCAAUUAUGUUCUCUGUCCUUUCUUAGGCCUGAAAAGAUAAACAUGAAUUUAGAUUCCAUUCAUCGGUUAAUUGAGGAAACACACAUCUUCGGGAUGCAGCAGUCGGGGGCUAGAUCACCGUGCGACCUGGCGGCACCUGCCCCGUCCCCCGGGGGCCCCGGUAGCUCCUGUCCGUCUCCUCUCCGGCCGCAGUCUCUUGCCGCUCACAGUGGCCGUGUUCCCGCCUGGAGCACCAGCGAGUGGGAUCUCGGCGCCGAGCUCCGCCUGCGGGAGCUGGAGGAGGUCAAGGCCCGCGCCGCUCAGAUGGAGAAGACCAUGCGGUGGUGGUCGGACUGCACCGCUAACUGGCGAGAAAAGUGGAGUAAAGUUCGAGCCGAAAGGAACAGCGCCAGGGAGGAAGGCAGGCAACUCAGAAUCAAGUUAGACAUGGCCGUGAAGGAACUGAGCGCUCUGAAAAAGAAGCGGCCUUUGCCGCAUCCGGCGGAGGCCGCCCAGGACCGGAAGCUGCCCGAGUUCCCCGAAGCGGCCCGUCCACAGAGAGACCCAUUGCAAAUUGGUUCCGAAACGCGUGAGUCCAUCAGAGAGUGUUUGGGAAAAAGAGAAUUUCCCACCAAGGAGAACGCAAAUAGUAAGGAAGGAAGUUUGAUUAUUGACCCGUUAAAAUUAAGUGAGGAGGUGAAACUCAGUCUAGACUGUCCUGAUUUAUUCAAGAAUGGCGGUUCUGAAAAUUGUGCCGUGAGACCUGGAUUAAGACUGCAGGCAAUAAAUCUGCCUCUGGAGAAUGAAGUGCCUGAAAUUUCAGCUUUGCAGGGGCAUUUGGAUGAUUUCCAAAAAGUCUUAUGGAAAGAAAGGGAAAUGCGCUUAUCUUUGGAAAAAGAGAUAGAACGACUGGAGUCGGCUUUGUCUGUGUGGAAAUGGAAGUAUGAAGAACUGAAAGAAUCAAAUGCAAAAAGUCUGAAACAGUUUGACAUUCUUCAUGGUCAACAUAAAAAUGAAAUGGAAGAAGUAUCAGGACUUAGAAGGGAAGAAUCAAAAUCUCCAAACAGCAAUGACAGAGUGGUCUAUGAGUUAAGAGCAGAGCUAGAGAGAUUGCAGGCUGAACAUACGUCUGAGUGGGACAAAAGGGAGCUACUUGAAAAGGACAAACAAGGCCUGGAGAGAGAAAAUAGAAGACUGAAGGUCCGGGUGAAAGAAAUGGAAGAGCUCCUGCACAGGAGAAAUAGAUUCAGCGAAAGCUCCGAAGGUCCUGAUUUCAAGACAUCAGGAGUUGAACUCCAGGAGAAACACAAGGACAGAGAAUAAGGUAAAAGAACUUGAUGGAAAGGAAAGGAAAGGAAAAGUGGGGUUUGCGACCACCAUGAAGUGAUGAAA